AUCUAUAAACGCUGGAAGUGCAUCUCGAGACAGUCAUAUACCAAACACGAAGUGUAUUGGCGCAAAGGCACACCAGCCAGAAGACCUUUUUUGUAUGGAAAGGCCUGCGUUCCUUCAAAACUACAAGAACCCAUGCUGGUAUUCUGAUGAGGCUGGACAACGUGAACUACGCUGUCUCCCGUACUAUCACAUUCUGGGAGUUAGCAAAUCAGGAACCAUAGACCUUUCCGCUCGAAUCAGGGCACACGAGGACGUACUGGGCUGUGGGCAAAGGCUCUGCAAAAACAUGUACUACUGGAGCAAUGGUCGAUAUGGAGACGGAACUCCGACAGAUUUCUAUAGGUUCUACAGAUGGGAAGACAUCCCUCAAAAUGCAGGCUUGACCGAACCUGUGGUUGUCACACCACAUUUAAUGAAGCAUGUGUAUAAAGAUCCCAAGUUCAUAAUCAUAUUUAGGAAUCCCACAGACAGAUUAUACUCGGAUUACAUAUUCCUGAACCAAGGCGAUUCCCCUCAGUCCUUUCAUAAACAUGUGCUACAAGCUAUUCAGAUCGAGGAAGAAUGUAUGAGGAACAACACAAUGAGGCGGUGUCUAUACAGCUUGGAUGUUUCCAAACAACUGCCGACACGCAUCUUCAUCGGAUAUUACUCAGUGUAUAUGAAGGAAUGGCUGAAUGUUUUUAGGAGAGAAAAUUUUCUUAUACUAAGGACGGAGGACUACAAUCACGACAUGAAGGGAACGCUGCGAAAAGUGUAUGAUUAUUUGAAAUUAAAUUACAAUGAAGAAUUCUUGACUAGUGUUGUAAACAUACCUCAUAUGCACGUCACUGAGAACAAGAAGAAAGCUGGACCGAUGCUAAAAGAAACUCGUCUUUUGCUGGACAAAUUAUACCGACCAUACCUCGAAGAGUUAGCUGUUCUACUCCAAGACAAGAGGUUUCUGUGGUUGACAUGACUCCGGCAUAGGUACAGCAUGUACACCAUACAGAAGAAACUUUUAGACUGCUUUGUUGAAAAUAUGCUUUGGUGGUAUAGUCCUAUAAAUGUUGCACCGUAAUAUAUAUCAAAACCGUUUUGGUACUUGUGAUACCUCUCAAACAACAAUGUCGGGCAAAAGUAAGUUACACUUUGACCAAAAAUUAUAAACGUUAUGAAACCGUUACAAUGCUGACAACAGCCAUCCAAAAACUGCCAACUGAUGUCCAAAAUACAACUAUGGUACCCGUAUCAAAUACUUCAACAUCAAAUAACCAUUUCUUGGUCCUUUUAUAUAGCCACCAUCACAUAUGAGUGUAUUCUUCCUUUUACCCGGCAGUAUAGCUUUUUGUCAUGGUGAUGUGAACCUUUAUUUAGUUAUUUCACAUGGAAGUCGUGCAGGCAUCCGACUAGAUGACAAAACCAACAGGGCCACUCCUGUCAAUGACUAUAAUCAAUGGUUUCUUGUACCCGAUUUCCUCAGACGGUGGUUCAGGGUUCUGAUCUAGAAUUCCUGUUGCUUAAACUGAUGAAGUCCUGGCAUAACUGUACCAAGUUAGUGUAAAUUCGUUUGUUUGUUUGUUUUUUAACGCCGCACUCAGCUAUAUGACGGUGGUCUGGAUCAGACAGUUCGGUGAUUGAUAUCAUGAGCAUCGAUCUACGCAAUUGGUAUACGUCAACGAGUCUUAAAAUCCGAUCCCGAUCCCUUAACCAUAGGUUAAGACUUUAUCUAACCUGUUUCUUCAUGGGUAUUCAUUUGGUAAAGGUUCCUAUGGCUUACAACGUGACAUUAAAGACACUGGUUCCUGAUGUUAUAACUGAAUAAUUCCUUUUGGACUUUGUUCCAUUUUGCAGCACAUGUUUUUUGUUAUUUUAUUAAGUGAAAAUCACUGGGAGGCACGACGUCGUCACGGUCAAUGCAUGCAUUCGUAAUGAAAACAUGCGCAGGUUAAUCUCGAGCUUGAACUACAUUGCGUUUUGUGACUUGUCUUCACGUAAGAAUGUACAGCUUAAU